AGAAAUGUCGUCAGAGGCCUUCGACCAAUCAUUUUGUUUGAACGGAAGCAGAGGGAAGUUUUGUAUUUAAGGUGUACGCUGUAGUGAUAUCCACAAAAAUGAUGGACGUGUUAUCAGUAGUCACACAGCUGCGGGACCUAGCAUCAGAACCGCAGAAUCGGGAGGCAAUUGUUCAGGACCAGGGUUGCCUUCCAGGACUAGUGCUGUUCCUCGACCACAAAGACCCUGAAGUACUUUUUGCCACCCUCCAGACUUUGCGAUACCUGGCUGAAUCGGCUCGCAACAUCAGCGCCAUGAAAAAUGAGCUUGGCAUGAUGGUGAGCCUGGAGAUACUGAUGGAGAGGACUGGUAUGACGACUGAUAUUACAGACCUUGCAAAAGAGGUGUAUGAUGUGUUGAGUGCUCAAACACAGAGACAGGCUUGUCAGACUCCAGAGCAACAGAAGAGGAGGAACAAACCCCAGUUCUUCAUCAACAGCUCUAACAAGAAAGCAAAAUCAGUUACCCUGCAUAUACAAGGCUUAGAUGGGGCAGAUCAGAGAGGUGUGUGUGAGGAGGCCCUUUUGAGGGUCAAAGGUGUAAUCAGCUUCACGUUCCAGAUGGCUCUGAAGAGAUGUACUGUACGCAUCCGUGCCGACCUGCCCACUGAGAGCCUGGCCACUGCCAUUGCUGCCACAAAAGUGCUUUCAGCUAAGCAGGUAGUGAAAAAUGAAAAUGGAGAAGAGGUUCUCAUUCCACUCAGCACCUCUGGCUCAAAGGUAGAAGAGAAUUCCCACCUGCCAGAUUACCUACCAGAGGACGAGAGUCCGGAGAAAGAGCUGGACCGCGCCGUGUCCCGUACUGGUGCUAAACAAGACACCGGUGGCAGCUGGCUGAACACAGCAGCCAGUUUCCUCACUAAAACUUUCUACUGGUAAAGCUUGAGUUUCACAGACUUUUUUUAAAGAAAGAUCAGCAUAGAAGAGCAAGUUGCACCACUAUCAGAGCUUAAAGCACUAAUGGAAGGUUGAGGAGCUGACAAAUGCGCUUUAUCAGUUUAUGAGCACAACCUUUCACACAAAAAUGUGUGUGAGAUCUCAGCCACAUCGCAACUCUGUACUGUUAUAUAGACGUUGAGUUCAUAUUGUACAUUUAUGUAUAUGAAAACAUGUCUUUCCACCCUCUCAGGAUCAGAAAUGUUCUGUUUCUGCUGUCAUGUGUGUGUGUUGUAUUGUCUUUCCACCUGAUUUCUUGUAAAUAUUUCCAUUUUGGUGUGUUAUUAGGGGAAGAAUCUAUGCUGAGUCUCAUCUAAUAAUGGAAACAACUGAAAGGCAGAUUAAAUGUCUAAUGCUGUUUUGUGUAAAGUAAAGGUUUGGAAGGAAGAAGUCUGUACUGAUCUUUGUAAUGUUAUUUAAAUUUAAGUGUUCA